AUGGGAGAUAGUAUCAGGACCCGGGCCCGCCGCCUGGUUAGGCGCUGGGAGACCUAUGGAUGGAAUGUGAGGACAUUCUACGAGCACCUGCAGCAGGAGCUUGUCCCAAGGAUGCCUGAACCUCUGCGUGUCCCCAAUCCGGCAAGGAAACUCACAGUAGGCAGCUGCUGCAGCGGGUGGUGCGCGGAGCUUUUCGCAUGCGAGAUGCUGUCACUGGACUUUCUGCCGGUCUUCGGAUGUGACCUCCUGCCAUCGGCGCAGGCAGUCUCCGAAGCCUUGUUCGAUCACGAGUUUUGGUUCUGGGAUUGCAUGGAAGAAGACUUCCUGCAGGCUCCGCACGUGGAUCUUUUUCUGGCGGGGCUACCCUGUCAACCCUGGUCGCGGCUGGGGCCCUCCAGAGGCUUUGAAGACGACCGGGGGCUGCUGAUGCUGCCGGUAAUCCGCUGGAUGUCUGCACGGACCUUCGUGGUGUGCAUUUGCAGGCAACAUGCUGUUGCUGAGAUGUCGUGGCCCGCACGAGUCCCCGUGCUACGCUUGAGCAGUGUGAUCGAUGCUGACACGGAGCCUGCGCUUGAAGACUUCCCGGGACGGCUGCCCAGCAGUGCGACCUGCCGUCGCAAUGUCAUGGCCGUCUAUGAGAAAAUACUAGAAGAGGGUCGCGAUCCCUUGGAGCAGGAGCUAGUCAUCAACAUGCACGGCUCGGAGCCGCACUGGAACGAAGGCUACUCCCCGUGCCUUACACAGGCCAGAGCAGCCGCUGGCGGCUUCUGGUUGUCCUGGCUCCAAAGGCAAAUGACCAGCGCAGAAGUGUGCAGGCUCCAGGGCGUGGACAUGUGCAGGAUUCCGGCCGGCUUGGCAACCGAGCGCCAGAUUAGGCAACUGGCAGGCAACAGCAUCCCUAUCCCGCUCCUGGCACGCGUGCUGCAAGCGGCGCUCGAAGCUGCCGGACUCGUGUAA